AUGGACGAACAUUUAGAAGAGGAUGACAGGACAGCCCUGGCGGCUCUAACUGACGCGCCACCGCAUAGGAAGGUGAAUUCAUAUAGCCAGCAGUUGAGAACCGAAUCAGGCACCAGCUAUAAGCGCCAACAGUUACGCAAACACAGCCUUGACGAAACUGAAAUUUUGAGCAGCCAACCCAGCAAUGUUUAUUCUUCUGAUGAAGAAGACCUUUAUCCAUAUUAUACUACUACUAGCAUUAACAUCACCGCCAGUGGUGGUGGUGUCGGCGGAAUGGGAAUUGCGAGCGGAUCGAUGAGCGAUCACCAUGAGGAUUACCACCUUAAUUUGAGCCAGAAAAUUAAUGGUUUGGGAUUGGGUGAUGGUGGUACAUUGGAUGAAUCUCAGGGUCUGCCUCAGCUGCCAUUGCCGGAGGUUAUGGGGGCUGGUGGUGGAGUUGGGAUAUUUAAGGUGCCCACCAGGGNUAUGGGGGCUGGUGGUGGAGUUGGGAUAUUUAAGGUACCCACCAGGGCGGCGGUGCACCCUGCGCGGCCGUCGUGUCUUGAGCUCAGGCCUCACCCUCUAAAAGAAACACAGGGAGGAAAGUUUUUGAGGACAAUAGUUUGUACUGAAACGCAAUUGUGGGCAGGACAAGAAUCCGGAGUUAGAGUGUGGAAUUUAUCAGAUGCAUACUUACCUGGGAUGGGGGAAGGGGGAAGGGCUCGGAGAGGGGACGAGGAUGCUGCUCCAUUUUACGAAGCAGUUAAUACAUCACCAACUAUAUGUAUGAAGGUCGAUCUUGGGAGCAAGUUAAUUUGGAGCGCUCACAAGGAUGGUAAGAUAAGGUCCUGGAAAAUGGACCAAACAUAUUCGACUGAUACUCCUUUCAAGGAAGGCCUCUCUUGGCAGGCACAUCGAGGUCCAGUGCUUUCCUUGGCAAUUUCUUCUUAUGGUAACUCCUUUUUACCUCGGCGUGAUCUAUGGACAGGUUCCGAGGGUGGAUUUAUAAAGGUCUGGCCGUGGGAAUCUAUCGAAAAAUCUCUAUCGCUGUCAGCAGCGGAAAGACGCAUGGCUGCUUUAUUGGUAGAACGGUCGUCUAUUGACCUCAGAAGCCAAGUUACUGUUAAUGGUGUUUGUAAUAUUUCAUCUUCGGAUGUUAAGCGUCUCUUGUCUGAUAAUGUCAGAGCCAAAAUUUGGGCAGCUGGAUCUUUAUCCUUCUCGUUGUGGGAUGCCCGUACAAGGGAACUUCUGAAAGUAUUUAAUAUAGAUGGACAGAUUGAGAACCGUGUUGACAUGUCAUCAGUUCAAGAACUAGCAGUUGAAGAUGAGAUGAAUGUUAAGUUUGUUGCCAAAUCUAAAAAGGAGAAAUCCCAAAAUAGUUUUCUGCAGAGGUCACGAAAUGCUAUAAUGGGUGCUGCAGAUGCUGUCCGUCGAGUUGCAACAAGGGGCGCGGGGGCUUUCGUGGAAGAUACUAAAAGAACAGAAGCAUUAAUGCUUGCUGAAGAUGGAAUGAUUUGGAGUGGAUGCUCGAAUGGACUUUUAGUCCAAUGGGAUGGAAACGGAAAUCGCUUGCGAGAUAUGAAUCGUCUUUCCAAUAGUGUUCUAUGCUUUUGCACUUAUGGUUCAAGAAUAUGGGUUGGCUAUGCAAGUGGCAUGGUUCAAGUGUUGGAUCUUGAAGGAAAUUUAAUUGCCGGUUGGGUUGCUCACAAUGGACCUGUUGUAAAAUUAGUAAUUGGAAAUGGUUACAUUUUCAGCUUGGCAUCUCAUGGCGGUAUACGUGGUUGGAACAUCUCUUCUCCCGGACCUAUUGAUAGCAUUUUAGGGCCCGCUUUAGCCGAGAGAAAAGACACGUACAUGAGAUUUAAGAACAUCAAAAUUUUGGUAGGCACAUGGAAUGUUGGUCAAGGAAGAGCCACUCAUGAUGCUCUUAUGUCAUGGUUAGGUUCUGCCGUAAAAGAUGUUGACAUUGUUGUUGUUGGGUUACAAGAAGUGGAAAUGGGUGCAGGCUUCCUUGCAAUGUCUGCAGCAAAAGAAACUGUAGGACUUGAAGGAAGUUCUAUCGGGCAAUGGUGGCAGGACCAUAUUGGCAAGGCUUUGGGUGAAGGGUCAACUUUUGAGCGCACAGGGUCCAGGCAACUCGCUGCCUUACUCAUAGCUAUCUGGGUGAGAAAGACUCUUAGAACACACGUAGGGGACCUGGAUGUUGGAGCAGUUGCAUGUGGUUUAGGGCGUGCAAUUGGUAAUAAGGGUGGUGUAGGUUUGAGGUUGAGAGUAUAUGAUCGAAUAAUGUGUUUUGUAAAUUGCCACUUUGCUGCACAUUUGGAAGCUGUUAAUCGCAGGAAUGCUGAUUUCAAUCAUAUAUUUCGAACAAUGACUUUCACUCGCUCGACUAACCUCCUUCAAAAUGCUGCUGGUAUGCUGCCAUACCUGUUCUUCUCUUGCUCUCUUGUCCUCUCCACAUAUUUAUUCUGGCUACUUUAUUCUUCUGGCUUCCCAUGGAUCCUCUCUAUUGCAGCUGGCGUCUCGACUUCUUCACAGAUGCUUCGUGGUACAAAUGCUGUUCCUAUUAAACCUGAUGAAGGGAAGCCUGAUCUUGCUGAAGCUGAUCUGGUCAUCUUCACUGGUGAUUUCAAUUAUCGACUUUUUGGCAUAACUUAUGAUGAAGCAAGGGAUUUUGUUUCCCAACGAUGCUUUGAUUGGCUUCGAGAGAAAGAUCAGCUGAGGGCAGAAAUGAAAGCUGGUAAAGUUUUCCAAGGAAUGCGAGAGGCACUCAUCAGAUUUCCUCCAACAUACAAGUUUGAAAAAGGAAAACCAGGUUUAGGAGGCUAUGAUUCGGGUGAGAAGAAACGAAUUCCUGCUUGGUGUGAUAGAGUACUAUAUCGAGAUAAUCGGGGAACUCAAACAGAAGGAUGCAGCGUAGAGUGCCCUGUAGUUGCUUCCGUAGUACAAUACGAGGGUCGCAUGGAUGUGACUGAAAGUGAUCAUAAACCCGUACGCUGCAAGUUAAAUGUGGACAUUGCCCACGUUGACAGAUCAGUCAGGAGACAAGAGUUUGGGAAAAUACUCAAGUCCAAUGACGAAAUCAGGGCUUUCCUUGAAGCACUAUGCUUCGUGCCAGAAACAACUAUUAAUACAGAUCAAAUAGUGCUCCAGAACCAAGACAAUUACAGUUUGAAGAUCACCAACAAAAGUGGAGAAGACAAGGCUUUUUUCCAUAUCAUGUGUGAAGGUCAGUCCACCAUAAAAGACACACUAGCAUCUGAUUAUUGCCCCAGAGGUUCACUCGGUUUCCCACGUUGGCUCGAGGUCAAACCUGCAGCUGGCAUGAUAAUACCUGAUGAAGUUGCUGAGAUAUCUAUACGUCACGAAGAGUUCCAUAAACUGGACGAUCUUGUUGAUGGGAUUCCACAAAGCUGGUGGUCCGAAGACGCCAGAGAUAAGGAAGUGAUUUUGCUCGUGAUUGUAAAGGGCGGUUGCUCCACCAAAACAAAAACUCAUCGAGUAUGCGUUCGGCAUCGCCUCAGCUCGCAUUGA